GACAAAAAAAGAGAUGGCCCAGGCACGAAGGACAUUUGCACAGACAAUACUUGAGGCCUCAGUUUUAGUAUUUGACAGUGACACCAACUGUGCCAUGUGUGCAACAGCGAAACCACCCAAUCCAGGACCCUCCAUCACUGACUGGAUCCAGUGUGAUAACUGCAACUGCUGGUUCCAUUCUGAAUGCCUGGACAUGACAAAUGAACAGCUCAGCAGCGCUCAGAAGACAGAGUGGAAGUGUGUGCUUUGUGUAACCUAAUUCCACAUGCAGUGAAAGGUACUAGAAUAAUCUGCUUAUAGUUAUUAUUGGUGUUUUGAGGAACACAUGUGUAAAACACAAUAUGUAUAACAUUCUUGCUUUGAGCACGUAUUUUAAGUAUUUCCUUUUUGAUUUUUUGUGUUGAUUUGUGUGAUGACAGAUAAUGAAUAACAAUAUA